AUGGUGACCAUGUGUGAACUGAAGAGAUUGAUAGAUUCAACAAUCAAAGAAACUUUGGUAAUUAAAAUUUUGUCAAAUUUUAAAACAAGUCUAACAAAGCUAACUUCCUUCAUUGAGUCGACCCGUCAGUGUGCAAUCCCUUCUUUAAACAUUGAUAUGCUGUCAUCGCCACUGCUCUCAUCACCAUCAUCAUUACCAACGCCAUCAUCAUCUAAAUCUGCAUCAUCAUUUCAAGGAAAAAUGAGACUGCCCUCCAAAUCAUCUCAGACAUCAUUAUCAAUUCUUGAAAAGGAAAAUUAUUCAUCAUCAUCAUCAUCAUUGCCAUCAUCAUCGACAACGCCUUCAUCAUCAUCAACAUCUUUAUUGUCGUCCUUAGCUAAUCUAACCUCGCCUGAAACAAGCAACAAUAAUCAGAGAUUGUCUUUUGUGGCCGCUUUGUCCUCUCACAACAACAUCAAAAACUCAACAACUGCUGCUGAGAAAAAGGACGAUAAUGAUGUUAGAGCACUUUUUCCUGAUGAUGAUGAUGAUGAUGACUGGGAAGGCUUGGAUGGAGAGAAGGAUGAAUCUCUGAAUGCGGCUGGAAUGCAACUGAAGAAAUUGCUUAAAAAAAAUAAUGUAGAAGGUGAAAAAAUAAGUUGGAUUAAGAAUAAUAAUACCAGCGGAAACGAUGUUGAAAAAGUUGAUUUCACUAAAAAACAAAGAAUUGCACACAAACCAUCAACUACAUCCACAAUUUCAUCAACAAUUUCCUCCUCUUCUUUACAGCCUAAAUUGUCAGCAGCGAAAGCAUCAUCUGCAACAGUAUCGAAAGAUUCAUCUAUGUGUAUAACUUCAUUGAUGGGAAUUCGAAGCAAUCCAGAAAUAACUUCUAGCUACACAGCUGAUCACUGCUCAAACAAUCCUCUUGUGCCAGCCGACCAAAUGCGUUUGUUGAUGAACAGCAGGAGCAUGAUCAGGAUGUCGACAUUGAGAUCGAAGGUGGGUUCAGACCAAAUGAAGAUGGAUUGGGUCACCAUUGGCGUCUUAAUCAGCAAAUCAGAUCCAAAAAUCUCUGCUAAGGGACAAAAAUUUAGCAUAUGGAAAUUGAGUGAUCUGGCCGAUUGUGAUCAGGCGCCCAUCUGCAUGUUCCUCUUUAGAGAUGUGAAUGAUGACCUCUCAAAAAUCAUGGUUGGCACAGUCUUGGGCUUCCUUAAUCCAUCAAUUAUGAAGAACAACGACAAGAGCAAGAAUUUCAAUGACAUCAGUUUGACUGUUGACAAUGCUAAGAAGAUUCUGCCAUUGGGCCAGAGCAAGGAUUUUGGAAUAUGCAAGGGAUUGACCAAAGCUGGAAACACCUGCACCAAUUUCAUAAACAAAAAUCAGGGUGACUACUGCUCGUUCCAUGUCCAAAAAGCAUACAAGGCUCACUCUGCCAAGAGAUCUGAAUUACAAAAUGGACCUCUCUCUAGAAACACAUCUAACAUUUCUCUCAAAAGCCUGCUGGAUCACGCAGCUCAACAAAAUUCCUUUCUUGCAAGGCAGGCUGGUGUUAGUGGCACAAAAGUUAAAAAUCAAGUCAGCACUUUGAUGUUACAUGAUUUGGUACCAAAUGUUAGCGAACAGAAAAAAAGUGAUCUAAAUGUUGUUGCUGAGGAAAAUCUCAAAAAGAAGAAAGAAGAUGCCGUGUUUCACGAUCUGUUAAUUGUUCCAACCGUUGGAGCCAUGAAUUUUGUCCAACACCUCAAGAACAAUGACCCUUCUAACCAAGCAGCAUCUUCCCCAUCGACGUCCAAAUCAACUAAAGAUGGCGUUGCAGAUAAAACUGUCUUGUCUGCAAAGCAAGCAUUACUGAAACUUAAAAAUCUAAAAACCAGCAACAACUACAGUGACGAAAUGAACAAUUCGUUGUCGACAGUUCCUAAACUUGGUCGUAAUUUGGGUAGCAACAUGCUGCUCAACUUGGAGGCUGGCCUAGAAAAAAAUGGAGAUGAUGUCAGCUCAAAAACGAAGUCAUCAGAAGAGAAGGCCAAGGUUUUCAUUCAUCUCAAAUAUUUUGCAUUCUCUAAAUCCAGAUAA